AUGUCGUCUAAAGAAGACAGUCCUCCAGCUUAUGAGGACGCAAUACAACAGCCGAAGUAUGGAAACUACCCCCAGCAGCUCCAGCAUGGCUCCCCUCUCCCACCACCUCCAUCCUACAGCCCCAGUCCCGGCAUGUACCCUGCCCCUGGCUUCUCUCCAACCGGGAUGCCCACCACAAUACCGACUCUGUCUGCUGGAGUGCACGCGUCCAACCCAGGAGACAUGGAGGAUCUUCUGAGCGCCCAGUGGGAAAGCACAUCUAUUCGGCACGGCUUCAUCAGAAAGGUUUACUUAAUUCUGACAGCACAGCUUGCCGUCACCUUCUCAGUCGUUGGCGUCUUCACAUUUGUGGACCCAGUGAGGCUGUUUGUCAUCAAGUACCCUGGCGUCUACUGGGCGUCUUUUGUGGUGUAUUUUGUGGUGUACUGCAUUCUCAUCUGCUGCAAAGAGCCUAGGAGACGUUUCCCGUGCAAUCUUAUACUGUUGGGAGUAUUCACUCUCGCCUUGUCUUACAUGUCUGGAUCCAUCUCGAGCUAUUAUGAAACGAAAGCCGUGCUCCUCGCCAUGGGAAUAACAGCAUUAGUUUGUAUAGCUGUCACAAUCUUCUGCUUCCAAACCAAGGUGGAUUUCACCUCCUGCGGGGGCCUUCUCUCUGUUGCCGCCGUUUUGCUCAUGAUCAUAGGGAUUGUUACGGCAGUCGUCCUCUCCUUCCAAUAUGUCCCCUGGCUGCAUAUGCUCUACGCCGCAAUUGGAGCCGUCGUUUACACUCUGUUCUUAGUCUACAACACGCAGCUUCUCAUUGGGAACCGGGAGUUGGCCAUCAGCCCCGAGGAGUACAUCUACGGAGCGCUCUCUCUCUACGUGGACAUCGUUCACAUCUUCCUCUUCAUCCUUCAAGUCAGUGGAGCAGCGACUGACUGAGCCCCUGGUCAGAGCGCAUCCCAUCAUCUCAAGACUUUAAACUGUAUUUGUCAUUCAACAUAAUGCUAAAUGCAAAGUGUAUAAAUUAGGAUGCACCAUUACUAUCAAUUCCACUGUCAACUGUAUAUCAUUUUUAGUGACAUUAACACACAAGCACUUUGAUCUCCUCACUGUAUGAAGCUGGAAGUCGAUUUAAAGUUUAUAUUUACCCAAAAGUGAAUGAACAGAGAUUCUCGAGCUUUGCAGAUUGUAUAGUUGUAAAUUAAUAAUACAUGUUAUGUUCCUUUUUCGUGUUGAAGUGGUAUUUUAGUAGAUCGUCCUUACAAAAUAAAAACAUCUUAAUAGUGUCGUAGUCUGUGAUCGAUUACAUCUGUCUGACCUGAUCAUUACUGAAUUAAUAAACAGUGUUUGAUCCUUGUUCAGAGGUAUAAGAAUAAGCAUUGGAAAGGCACUCUGUUAUUCCCCUCUACUAUUCCCCAAUCAGGCAAUGCCAACUUUUUAAUAUUGAUAUACUGGGAUUUCAUAGUGACGCCAUUAAGAUAUCAAUCUUAUAUGAACAUAAACUGUGUUUGAUCUAUAAAAGCAAAAAUACACACACACAGACACACAACAGUUGGAAAAAACAAAGGAGACAAACACUUGAUGGCUCAAGGAUUUUUUUGUAUUUAAUGAAUUGAUUUUAGUUCCAUUAACAAAACACCUAUAAUUACCGGCAAACCACUGGAGACCACAAUCAUUAGUCCUAAAUCUGUGCUGGUAGUAGGGGGGACUCAGAUCUGGAUUAAAGUGAUUUUCAAAACAUUGUAAACAUAGAAAAGAAGUUCGACAAACACUGACUCAUUGGAUAAAAGAUGGAAUAAGUGUGUGCUUCCAGCAACUUCCUUAAAUCACAGAUCAGCUCCUCUUUCUUUUUAUUCCCUUUGUCAUUUGCUGUUGUUGAACAUCAAUCAAUAAAAUACACCCUACUGUUGCGACUGCGUUAUUCUUGCAUCUUAUUGGUUAAUCAUAGUGGCACGUUAGUGUCUAGGGUGGCACUAACCCCUAUACCCUCUCCUUUUCUGGAUUACUAUUGUUUCCCGUCACCAGCAUCUGUGUGUUAGUCCCGGAUGAUUGGGUUUGUCCACUUGCACGAAGGCUCAAGGUGUCAGGCGCUUGGGGUCACGGGGGAACA